GGAUCAGAGGAAUGGCACAGGCAGCGCCGAGACAACCACAAAGAGGUCGAACGUCGUCGUCGUGAGACCAUCAACGCAGGCAUUAAUGAUCUGGCGGCGCAGAUCCCUAAUCCCGACAAGAACAAAGGCGCGAUUUUGCGUCAGGCGGUUAAAUAUAUUCAGGGCCUACAGGAGGCGCACCAGAAGGCACUAGCAGAGAACGAGGCGCUAACGGUCAUUCAAUUUGAGCGCGAGAAGGCUUUGCUGGAGAAGAACCUGGUGCAGGGUCAGCUCCAGACCUUGAUUACGGAACACGAUACACUCAAGCGCGACUAUGAGUCCCUGCGCAAGCAGUUUGACGAGCUAGAGGAGGCUAAGAAGAGACAGCGGACAGAGUGA